UUGACUCCCGUCUUCCGGGCUCCGACGGGUGAAUCAGCUGGUCUGUCAAAAUAUUCGGCCGUGUUUUUUUUUGUCCGUGCGUCGCUUCGCCACUCGUUGAAGACAUGACAGCCAAGAUGGAGCUAGCGCCCCUCAGGGCGUGGGACGAUUUCUGCCCCGGAAUGGACCGGUUUGCCAAACCCGAGUUCGGAGAUUUAACAAAGUGGAACAACCGAGUGAUCAGUAACCUGCUGUACUACCAGACCAAUUAUUUCGCCGUGGCCGUGGUGGUUUUCCUCAUUGUCGGGUUCCUGAACCCGUUGGGCAUGUUCCUGGGAGGAGCUGUGGUGGCCCUCGUCUUCAUGGGUUCAGUGUGGGCCGGAGAGAACCAGGCCACAGUCAAGAACUUCAAAAGGAAGAACCCCACCCUGUUUAUCAUCGGGGUCAUGGCCGCCAGCUACUUUCUGCUGUCGCUGUGUGGCGGUGUCAUGGUCUUCAUCUUUGGAAUCACCUUCCCGAUGCUGUUGAUUCUGAUCCAUGCCUCUCUGAGACUGCGCAACAUGAAGAACAGGCUGGAGAACAAUAUUGAGAGUGUUGGGCUGAAGAAGACCCCCAUGGGGAUCCUCAUGGAUCUACUGGAUCAGCAGGAGGAGAAAGUGAGCAAGGUUCGGGAUUUCAUUGAGGGCAAACUGAAGGAGUGAGGCUCGCCGUGUGCCAAUGGAAGUCGGUGCCGUACAGAGUGAAUUAAAAUGGCCAUAGUACACUCCCAUGUGUUGUUUUUAUCCCAUCCAUACAUGCAUAACGGAUAUUUUACUUCUCCAUUAUUUUAUUCUGUUGGUUUACUUUAAUGUAUCAUUCUUUUGUGUGACGUCACUCACAGGUGGCUGGUAAAAGAUUUCUAACAAUAUUUGCACGAUCACAGUGGGGAUUGGAUGUUAAAAGGUCAAAAAGCACCAAAGGUCAUUCCUGUGUGAAUUCUUUUUCCAAAAAUGAAUCAUUUCCUUUGUUCCACAUGAAGACUGUUUAUUUAGCAAGAGAGUUAUUUGGAAAGAGUAUUUAGCAAUGCAAAGCGGAAUGUCUAAACAUAAUGUCCAUUGCUGUUUUUAGAUACUCAUUUGUUUUUUGUAAAGAGGAAGUUGGAUCAUUUCAGUUUGCUACCUCAAAAGAAGCAUGUUUUAUUCACCCAACACCAAGGCGGCAGCUGAAAUCUUAUUAAACAACAAUAACGUCCAUUUUGCCACCUUAGAAGCUGUAAGAAUACUGAUCUGAGACCAGUUUGCUUCUCGACUAAUCCUUGUGGAUUUUCAAUAUUCCUCACCAUGCAGGCCGGCCUGACUGUAUUCCUCUAAACACAGCUAUGCAAUGUUAAAAAUGAAUGGCAACGGCAGCUUUAUUUUUUGUGUGUUAUGUCAUGACAUGUAAAUGUUUGUUAUUUCUUUAUUUUCAUAAUUUAGCAUGCAGAAGUUUAUGAAAUGGGCUACAGGAUACAACGUAGCUGAAAUAAUUUUGGCAAUGAGUAAAUCUUAUGAAUUAUUAUUAUUAUUAAUUGAUCCCUAGUGUUUUCCCACUCACGGUUGGGAUCAAGACCCUUUCCAUUGUUAAAAAAAUAAAAUAAAAUCCGAAAUCUGUA